AUGACUCGCUCUUGGCUCAUCUCAGCUCUGGGGGUAAUAUUUCUGCUCUCUAUUGAUGUUGUUUCUGCACGAGGAAAGCCAGGAUUGAGACAGCCUGCCAGUCCUGGCUAUCGUGGUAGAGACGCAUGUCCUGUGGCUUGUAGCAUCGCAGGACCCAAUCCUUCCAAUUGGUCUGUUUAUCACAACUUUGAACAGCUCCAAUCCUGCCAUCAAGCCCUGUUCUAUGAUUUUUCUUUGUACGAUCGAGUGGAUGACCCGGACACCCUCCAUCGCCUCUAUGUCUGCACCUCUUAUGGCGCCGACUGGUCAGCCCUCCAACGGCCAAUUGCGAACUUCGCGACUACUAUCGAGUCUGCGGACUCGACUUAUUCUCUUGGCUGGUGGGGUAACGGCCUGCUCGCUGGUGCAGAUAUAGCCUCCAUUUCUAAGCAGAUGCGGCAUUACCUGAAGAGUCAACAUGUUGCUACCAAGAGAACCAAGAGCAACACCUUCUUGUUUGCCCGGUCAGGUUCGGCUGCUGUUGGGAUUUACAUAGGCAAGGGUCUGCAGAGCGAGGGGGUCAGCUCCUUUGCCCUAAAGGCGCUGACAGACAAUAUUCGCACUCUGAAAAUUGUCUCCGGUAACGUGGCAAUGCAGCUAUGCGAUCCGAACAGCAACAAUGCCCACACCUUCGGAAUAUUUGCCUCCAGCAAUGGAACCUUUUCACCCGUGCAGGAUGCAAUGAAAAUUUGGUCGAAGGGGGGUUGCCUCUCCUUCGAUAGCAUGAAGAAUAUCACCGGUCCGGCCGUUCUUACCACUCCUCCAUUGAAGACUUCGAUUAACUCCACUCAAUCGAAGUCGGUCCGUCCGAGCGCCUCACAAGCCACCAUCCCUACGCCCUUGCUAAAAGAAAAUCUCGUAACUCGGGCUGAAUGCAGCACUAAGCAAGUCGAAGGGGGUGAUAGCUGCGCUGCUCUGGCCACAAAGUAUGGAAUCUCCGCUGCAGACUUUACCAAGUAUAACUCCGGAACCAACUUCUGUUCAACCCUCAAACCAGGGCAGCAUGUCUGUUGCUCGUCCGGAAUACUCCCUGAUUUUGCCCCAAAGCCUAACCUAGACGGAUCGUGUACUACCUAUACUAUUAGGUCAGGUGACCUCUGCCCCUUGAUGGUCAUAGCGUCAGAUAGAUACAUCAAGUGCUCUUAUAUCAGUUUCUACUUUUCCUCCACCCUUGAGCCUACCUACCUUCUGCUCUCAUGUCUCGUUAAGCUUUAUUUCCAAAAAAAAGUUAUUCAUAGAGGUCCAUAA